AUGAUAAUACGAUAUGAUGACAAUGUUGCAGUUAUCAUUGAUCAAGAAGGAAAUCAAAAAGGAACUCGAAUUUUUGGUGCAAUUUCCCGGGAAUUGGGACAAAAAUUAGGGUUCAAUGUGUUCAAUAUUCUUGGUUCAUCUCUGAAGGGAUUUAUUGCUCCUGAAUUGGGUUUACUGACCAAUUUACAAGAAUUAAUUCUUCAUGGGAAUCAUCUGAUUGGGAUUAUUUUGAAAGAAAUUGGCUUAUUGAAUAACAUUACGGCAAUGGAUGUUGGGGCAAAACAGUUUUCUGGGUCGAUACCUCAUGAAAUAGGGAACUUGAGUAGCAUCAAGAAGAUGAACCUACAGUCCAAUGUGUUGACCGGGAUGCUACCUCAUGAGCUUGGCAAUUCGAAAUCUCUUCAGGAGCUUCAUCUGGACAGAAAUAAGCUCCAAGUAAAUGUAAUUGGUCUUGCCAAUGCGAAUUCUGAAUCCAAUAUGCAUGGAAUGUUUGCAUCAAAUGGGAAUGUAAUAGGUCUUUGUAGCUUGCCUCAGCUAAUUGUUGUUGAUUUGUCAUACAACUUCUUUGGUGGCAUAGUCCCGAAAUGCUUGCUACAUCUGCCAAGUGCAAACUUUCAUGGUAACUGUCUUGAUGAAAAGAGUUCAAAACAGCGUUCUGACGCACAAUGUGGAGCUGCAAUAUCUGCCAAAGGCCAUCCAAAUCCUAGUGCCAACACAAAGGGCAAGUCUAGAGAAAGUGAAACCAAGCACCAGAAAUCAAGACCUACUUGGCUUUUAGCUUUAGAAAUUGUAACUGGGACCAUGGUUGGUACUCUCUUAAUCACUGCCCUGAUAACUACUUACAAAAGAUUCAACAAUAAAUCAUCUAUGAUUAUCCCUUGGAAGAAAUCUGGAAGUGACAAAGAACGCUUGGCAGUAUAUAUUGCUGAUUCUGAGUUUGAAGUGGCUUGUGAAGACUUUAACAACAUUGAAGGUGGAUUUGAGAUUGCUGUGAUAUCCUUUUGCAUCAAAGAAGAGCAGUGGACUGGCUAUCACGAGCUUUAUUUCCAGAGAGAGGUGGCAGAUUUAGCAAGACUAAAUCAUGAGAAUGCUGGUAAGCUCUUAGGGUAUUGCCGAGAGAGUCCUCCAUUCACAAGAAUGCUUGUUUUUGAAUAUGCAUGUAACGGAACUUUAUAUGAGCACCUGCAUUUCAUGGUUGCUGAUGGAGAAGGCUGCCAGCUGUCUUGGACACGGCGUAUGAAAAUCAUAAUUGGUAUCGCUCGUGGAUUGAGAGAUCUUCAUACGGAACUCAACCCUCCAUUUACUAUAUCCGAGCUGAAUUCUAGUGCUGUAUAUCUUACUGAAGACUUUUCACCCAAGCUGGUUGAUUAUGAAGGCUGGAAGACUAUCAUUGCACAUUUAAGGCUCAUUGUGUCAUAUUUACUACUAGAUGUCAUUUUUGUGAGCGCCCUCGUCAUUUUUGUUACACGUGUAGCUCUUGGAUACAAACAGACGUGGAACAUAUAUGAGCUACUCGUCAACAGGGCCCUAUAUGAAAAAACUUUGGCUAGUGGGCUUGGCUCUGUUUAUUUUCUCCUAGAUGCUUCAGAACAACAGCAAAUUACUGAUGAUUCUUGUGGCAAUGGUGAAAAGCAGGCCUAG